UUCCUCCUCCUCCGCCGUCAGUCUGUCCCCGUCAGUCCGUCCCGUCCCUCCGUCCCCGCCGCCGCCUCCCGCCGCCCCGGGGGUCCCUCCCAGCCCGGGCUGCCCCUGCCCGGGGGGGGCUCUUCCUCCGGCCGGGGUCCCCUCCCCAGCCCGGGGGGUCCCUGCUCCGGGGCUCCUUUCUCCACCCCUCCCCAGCCCGGGGGUCCUUCCUCUAUCCGGGGGGGUCCUUCAUCCCGGGGCUCCCCUCUCCAUCCCGGGAUCCGCUCUCCAUCCCAGACCCCCCCCUCCAUCCCGGGGCUCCUUUCUCACGCCCCCACCCCGGGGUCUCCCCUCUCCCCUUCCCCUCCAUCCCUCCCUCCCAAGACACCCCCUUCCCCCGGGGGAGGGGGUGCUCCCUCCCGGCGCCCCCCCCCCCCCCCCCCCCUUUUCCCCGGCAUGGCCCUGGCGGCGGGGCCGUGGCCGGAGCCUCCUCUUCCUCCUCCUCCUCCUCCUCCUCCCCCUCCUCCCGCCGGCGGCGGCCCGGAGGCGGCGGGGAGGGCGGCGGGGGACUGCCUGGUGUGCGGGGACAAGGCGAGCGGGAAGCACUACGGGCAGUUCACCUGCGAGGGCUGCAAGAGCUUCUUCAAGCGCUCGGUGCGCCGCAACCUGUCGUACAGCUGCCGCGGGGGUCGCGACUGCCCGGUGGACCAGCCCCACCGCAACCAGUGCCAGUACUGCCGGCUCCGCAAGUGCCUCCGCGUGGGCAUGCGGCGGGAAGCCGUGCAGCGAGGCCGCAUGGCUCACGCCCCGAGCAGCCCCGGCCAAUACCCCGCGGUCCCCGGGGACCCCUACGGCGGCCACGGCUACUUAAGCGGCUUCAUCUCCCUGCUGCUCCGCGCCGAGCCCUACCCGCCGGCUCGCUACGGCGCCCAGUGCCUGCAGCCCAGCGGCGUGGUGGGCAUCGAGAGCAUCUGCGAGCUGGCCGCUCGCCUCCUCUUCAGCGCCAUCGAAUGGGCCAAGGGCAUCCCCUUCUUCCCGGACUUGCAGCUUUCGGACCAAGUGGCUUUGCUCCGCUUGGGCUGGAGCGAGCUCUUCGUGCUGAACGCGGCGCAGUCGGCCUUGCCGCUGCACGCCGCGCCCUUGCUGGCCGCCGCCGGGCUCCACGCCGCCCCGAUGGCCGCCGACCGCGUCGUCGCCUUCAUGGACCACAUCCGCCUCUUCCAGGAGCAGGUGGAGAAGCUGAAGGCGCUGCACGUCGACGCCGCCGAGUACGCCUGCCUCAAGGCCGUGGCGCUCUUCUCCCCCGACGCGGUGGGGCUGUCGGACCCGGGGCAGGUGGCCGGCCUGCAGGAGAAGUCGCAGUGCGCGCUGGAGGAGCACGUGCGGCGGCAGCACCCCGGGCAGCCCAGCCGCUUCGGGCGCCUCCUCCUGCGCCUGCCCGCCCUGCGCAGCGUCUCCGCCCCCGGCAUCCAGCAGCUCUUCUUCAGCCGCCUGGUCGGCAAGACCCCCAUCGAGACCCUCAUCCGCGACAUGCUGCUGGCCGGCGCCGCCCUCAGCUGGCCCUACGGCCCCAUGCAGUGACCACCCCCCACCCCCCCGGCGGGACCCCAAGGGGGACCCAUGGAUGGGACGCCAUGGAGGGGACCCCCAAGGACGGGACAGCGAGGAGGG